GGAGCGAGCUCCUUCAGGGCUGAGUGUGGUCCGACCCUGGAUGUUCAUGCAGGUUCUGGACACAGGAGAGCGGCUGAUGGUCCCUGUGGAUGUCUUGGAAGAGGAGAACAGGGGGGCCCUGUGGAAGUUUCUGCUCUCAGGAGCCAUGGCUGGGGCAGUGUCUCGCACAGGGACGGCCCCCCUGGACCGAGCCAGGGUAUACAUGCAGGUGUACUCCUCCAAGAGUAACUUCAGGCACCUGCUGAGUGGCCUGCGGAGCCUGAUCCAGGAGGGAGGUGUCCGCUCGCUCUGGAGGGGCAAUGGCAUUAACGUGCUCAAGAUCGCCCCGGAAUACGCCAUCAAGUUCUCUGUGUUUGAGCAGUGUAAGAAUUUCUUCUGCAGUGUGCAGGACUACCCGCCCUUCCAGGAGCGGGUGAUGGCGGGAUCCCUGGCUGUGGCCAUCUCCCAGACUCUCAUCAACCCCAUGGAGGUACUCAAGACUCGGCUGACCCUUCGCCUUACUGGCCAGUAUAAAGGACUUCUGGACUGUGCCAGGCAGAUCUUAGAACGGGAUGGCACCCAAGCACUGUACCGAGGCUAUCUGCCCAACAUGCUGGGCAUUGUACCCUAUGCUUGCACUGAUCUGGCUGUCUAUGAGUUACUCCGGUGUUUGUGGCAGAAGUCGGGUAGGGACAUGACAGACCCCAGUGGCCUGGUCAGUCUGUCCUCUGUAACACUGUCCUCGACCUGUGGCCAGAUGGCCAGUUACCCGCUGACUUUGGUGCGCACACGGAUGCAGGCACAAGACACUGUGGAGGGCUCCAACCCCACCAUGCUGGGAGUCUUCCGGCGAAUACUGAGUCAACAGGGCUGGCCUGGGCUGUACAGAGGCAUGACACCCACAUUACUGAAGGUGUUACCAGCAGGCGGUAUCAGCUACGUGGUGUACGAAGCCAUGAAGAAAACCCUGGGUGUACAAGUCCUGAGCAGAUGACAUGCCCCGAACAGAAAGAGAAUGGAAUUCCCAGUGUCUCUGGGUCUCAGAAAGCCCCUAAGGCUCAGGCUUUAGGGCCAUUUUGGUUUGCAAAAACCAUCCAGGACUAGGGUUAGAAGUGCUGGGAUUCCCUCCUGCAGGAUACAGUCUGAGUUGAUUUAACAUUCCAGCCUGCUUUGUUGCAGGCUCGUCCAACAGAAGGUGUGGACAAAGAAUAAAGAUAGUUUUGGCUGUCUCUGUCUGGGAUUAGCUGGUUCAGGGUGGGGAAUCUGAGUAUGGGGGCUUAUGCCAGUGUAGAGAGCUUGUCCAGCAAAGUCCUGGAUUCAACCUCCACCCUGAGGGCCUGGGAAACAAGAGACUUAAAAGUCCCUGUAGGGACCUGAGAUUUUUGGAUCCAGGGUGUUAGCUGGGGGUUUUAGACCCCCUGUAAGAGGGAUCCUGUCCAGUGUGGGUCCUGGGUUGGGACCUGGGUCCAGUUUAUCAACAGGUUUGCAAUAAGUUUGAGGAGUUGGUGCCUUGAGUACUGUAAGAAAUAAAGGUUCUGGGUCCUCGGGAUGAGAGGGAAGACCGGGGACAGGGGUGGGUUCUUCACCAAACCUCGGGCCGCCCACAUCCCCAUAAACAGAUCCCCCAGGCUUCGAGCAGGCCACGUGCAAGUGCUCCCAGAGACAAGCUGCUGGCGCGCUGAUCUAGAGGUCAGGCCGUAGUUCCGGCGGCAGGGCACCACCGCCCACGUCCGCUGCCAUUCACUCGGGCUCCCGCUAAUCCGCUCUCGCCGUCUGGUAACGGGUUCCACCCAAUGCAGGUGCGCGCCCAUCAAAACAGGGCGCUAUUACUUCCGUCGCUGCUACUCGUUCAGGGAGACGUCGCUCAUCGAACGCUUGCUCCUGUCGCUCAGCCAUUGGCUCCGAAGUCGAGGGACAUGGAGUCUAAGCAAAGCCGUCAAGUCCAAAUCCAAGCACAUCACCCCAAAGCGCUUCAGAGACUGGGUUAAGGGACUGCCGGUCUCGACAAGCACCGCCUCCCGCGUGCAUUCACUGGCUGGCAUUCACAACUAUCUCCCCGCGGGCCCGCCCGCUCAGCCAGGAGCGCUUUCGCUAAGCCCCGCCGCCAGGCCCACGUGACUGGACAGCGCCAUCGCUCUCGUUCUGGAGCCGCCCAGCGAAUCUGGAACUCACGCUUCAUUGGCCUCCUGUCUUCUCGCGUGACUUCGAACUGUCCGCCCUGCUCCGGCAGCCCAUGGUUUAUUGAAUCCUAUAGACGUCAGUCACUCCGUACCUCCCGCCCUCUGAGCUUUGCGGGAGUCUGACUGGUCGCCCGGAUUCACGGCC